UUCGGAAUCUCCUCGCGAUCCCCCCGCUCUCUACUGCUGUGCCGAUCCCACCCGACCGCCGCCUCCGCCUACGCCCGCCCCUAAAAUAUCCUGCCCACCGCCUUCGCCUCGUCGCUUGCGCCGCUUCUAGGGAACGGUGUAGAGUAACUUCUCCGGGUUCCGGUGGCGAUCCUCAUAUCAGCGGCUAAAUAUUCCACAUUUGUUUCUGUAAAUGGCUGAUGGCGAUGCUUCCAUUGAUUCACCUCGACGAAGGCAAGGUCUCUUACGGGACCAAGUUCAGUUGGUAAAGAGAAAGGACUCUGGUCGUUAUGAAAUCGUUCCGAUUCAAGAGCCAUUAUCUUUCGAAAAAGGUUUCUUUAUUGUAAUUCGUGCGUGCCAGUUGUUGGCCCAGAAAAAUGAUGGAAUCAUUUUUGUGGGCAUAGCUGGCCCUUCUGGGGCUGGAAAGACUGUUUUCACAGAGAAGGUUCUCAAUUUCAUGCCAAACAUUGCUAUCAUAUCCAUGGACAACUACAAUGACUCAAGUCGUAUCAUUGAUGGAAAUUUUGAUGACCCGCGGCUCACAGAUUAUGACACUUUACUGGAAAACAUUCAUGGACUAAAAGAGGGGAAAUCUGUUCAGGUGCCAAUAUAUGAUUUCAAGUUGAGCAGUCGCAUUGGAUACAGGACCGUUGAUGUCCCUAGCUCUCGAAUUGUCAUUCUCGAAGGUAUCUAUGCUCUGAGUGAGAAGUUGCGCCCUUUGCUUGAUCUGCGUGUUUCCGUGACUGGUGGUGUACAUUUUGAUCUUGUUAAAAGGGUUCUGAGGGACAUACAGCGAGCUGGACAAGAACCCGAAGAAAUAAUUCAUCAAAUUUCAGAAACGGUUUAUCCAAUGUACAAGGCAUUCAUUGAGCCAGACUUGCGAACAGCGCAUAUAAAAAUCUCCAACAAGUUCAAUCCUUUCACAGGCUUCCAGAACCCAACUUAUAUUUUAAAGUCAUCAAGGACUGUUUCGGUGGACCAGAUCAAGGCUGUGCUUUCCAAAGAACACAAUGAAGGUACAGAGGAGACAUACGACAUGUAUCUAUUGCCACCAGGCGAAGAUCCUGAAGCAUGCCAAUCUUAUCUCAGAAUGAGAAACAGGGAUGGGAAGUACAAUCUUAUGUUUGAGGAAUGGGUAACGGACAGGCCCUUCAUUAUAUCACCAAGAAUCACUUUUGAAGUAAGUGUGCGACUUCUUGGUGGGUUAAUGGCACUAGGCUAUACCAUUGCAGCCAUUCUGAAAAGAAGCAGCCAUGUGUUCUCUGACGACAGGGUGAUCGUGAAAAUGGAUUGGUUAGAACAACUUAAACGUACUUACAUACAGGUGCAAGGAAAAGAGCGUCUGUUAGUUGGGCAAGUAGCUGAGCAACUGGGUUUGGAAGGCGCUUACAUUCCACGUACUUACAUAGAGCAGAUUCAAUUAGAAAAGCUUGUGAAUGAAGUCAUGGCAUUGCCAGAUGAUUUGAGGACAAAGCUCAGUAUAGAUGAUGAUCUGGUUUCCAGUCCAAGAGAAGCACUUUCGCGGGCAUCUGCUGAUAGGGUUGCUAUGAGAACUAAACGUCUUAAAAGUGGAAUGUCCCACUCCUAUUCAACACAAAGGGACAAGGAUAUUGCCAAACUCACUAGACUUGCAGUCAACAGUAGAAGGUUUGAUAGACAAACUCCAGAUUCACCUGCAAUCAACCAGGAUGCUGCCGUUAACCAACUCUCAGAGCAGUUAUCAACUUUAAAUGAAAGGAUGGAUGAUUUGAGCUCACAAAUUGAAGAUUUUAAUACAAUAGUUAGUUCACAAAGUAAUUCCAUGAGCCAACAGAACCUGGCGCUCCAAACUGAAGCUUGUAAUGGCUCUGGCCCAACAUCGUUGUUUGUGUCUAACCUGGGCAAUGGUACCCUUUUGCCCAGUUCAUCAUCUUACACCCAACUGAAUAAGGAUUCUCCCCUCAUGGAGGAGCUAAUGCUCAUCACCCGAGGACAACGUCAAAUUAUGCAUCAGUUGGAUAACCUCUCUAACUUAGUUCAUGACCGUUUGGCUGUACUAACCCUGCAAGGCAGAACUGAUAAUGGAAAUAGAUUGCUUGAUAUGAAGAUUGGGACUCCCGUUCUCAUACUGGCAAUCGGUGGCAUUGGCAUUUUCCUGUUCAAAAAUCUGAACAGGAAUUAAAUUGGAGCCUCAAGCACCACUUCAGUCUCACCAGAUACUCUUGAGAAUUUCCCAUUGAAGUCUUAAUUCAUUACUUUUAUAAGGUAUAAUAUCUCAGCUUGAAGGUCCAGAGUGAACUAACAGAUGAUAAAAUUUUGUAGGAGUUAUUUUCUUUUAUGAAGAGCUUCAACUACAAUUUGUACAUUUCGGAUGUAGAAGUAUAUUUUCCUCUCUCUCAUUCACA